AUGCUGUCCGGAGUGCUGCUGUUCAACCAGAAGGGCGAGCUGCUCAUCAUGCGCGCCUUCCGCCAGGACAUGCGCCCUCGACUCGCCGACGUCUUCCGCAUCCAAGUAAUCAGCAACCCUCAGAUCAGAUCGCCCAUUCUCACCCUCGGAAGCACGACAUUCAGCCACAUCAAGAGCGAGAACAUAUACAUCGUCGGCGUCAGCAAGGGUAACGUUAACAGCGCGUUGGUAUUCGAGUUCCUGUACAAGCUGGUCCAACUGGGCAAGAGCUACUUUGGCCGCUUCGAUGAGGAGGCUGUCAAGAGCAACUUUGUUAUGGUCUACGAAUUGCUGGACGAGAUCCUGGAUUUUGGCUAUCCUCAAAAUACAGAGACCGAGACAUUGAAAAUGUACAUCACUACAGAGGGUGUCAAGUCAGAACGCGCACUGGAGGACAGCAGCAAGAUCACAAUGCAAGCCACUGGAGCGCUAAGCUGGAGAAGAGACAAUAUCAAAUACCGCAAGAACGAGGCUUUUGUGGAUGUGAUUGAGGACGUCAAUCUUCUGGUGUCAGCAUCGGGGACUGUGCUUCGCGCGGACGUCAACGGAGCCAUAGAGAUGCGUGCCUACCUGUCAGGUACGCCAGAAUGCAAGUUUGGUCUGAACGAUGCUUUGACGCUGGCAUCGCAUUCUGGAGGCGUGGAUGGACAAGGUGGUCCCAUCGGCAACUUGCCUGGCAACAAGGCAACCAAAGCCGCUGCAGGCUCAGUCACUUUGGAAGACGUUUCGCUUCAUCAAUGCGUGAAGCUCAGCUCAUUUACCUCCGAUCGGACCAUUUCAUUCAUCCCACCGGACGGCUCCUUCCAGCUCAUGUCGUAUCGCUGCUCGGAGAACGUCAACCUGCCAUUCAAGGUACACGCUAUCGUCAAUGAAAUUGGACGAAGCAAAGUCGAGUACUCAAUCGCAAUCCGGGCCAAUUAUGGUGCAAAGCUUUUCGCUACCAAUGUAUCCGUUCGCAUACCUACACCGCUCAACACAGCAAACACAACCCAUCGCACCUCGCAAGGCAAGGCCAAGUACGUCCCAGCUGAAAAUGUGAUCGAGUGGAAGAUUGCACGAUUCACUGGCCAGAGUGAAUUUGUCCUGAGCGCAGAGGCUGAGCUGAGUGCCAUGACCACGUACAAGGCUUGGUCAAGACCGCCGCUGAGCAUGCAAUUCAGCUUGUUGAUGUUCACGAGUUCAGGGCUUCUUGUGCGCUAUCUGAAGGUGUUUGAGAAGGGCAAUUAUAGCAGUGUCAAGUGGGUGCGGUACAUGACAAGAGCUGGAAGCUACGAGAUCAGAUUUUGA